CAGCACUGACUGGCAGCCGGAAGUACGGGGGUGCACGAUGGUAUUCCCGUGGUGGGAAAGGACAAACUCAUGUCGGGUACGGGCGCCGUGUGGAGCCGAGUGCGGAGCCGAAUACGGAGUUUUCCCGAGCGGCUGGCGACCUGUGGGGCCGAGGCCGCUGCAUAUGGGAAAUGUGUCCAGGCCGCCGCGGCUCCCGGCGGGGAACUGAGGAGGAACCUGUGUGCCAAGGAAUUUGAGGCCCUGCGGAAUUGCUUCGUGGCCGUUGCCAAGAAGACCUUAAACUGAGGCAUUAGGAUGGGCUUUGAAUCGCUGGAUUUACCUUCCAUUUGGUGCUGCCCAUCAGCAGGAGAUCAGAUUUUAACUGUUGCACCGAGGCACCGAAUGUCUGAAGCUCUGAGAAGUGAAACAAAAGGAUGUGCUUGUGCACAUUUACAUAUGUGUACGGGCAUAGGCACACACCUAACAGAAUUAGCCAGGAUGGUGGUAGAAGUUACUUUGCAAACUUUAUGUAUAUAAAUAAAGACUUUGGUUAGUGUGGAAUGUAGUUUAAUUAAAAAUAAAGUUUAUAUUUAAAUUUA